AUGCCUGCCUGUAUCAGUGUGAGAGCAUGGAGGAGGGAGAGGACGGAGAGCUCGGCCCCGGGCUGAAAUACGAACCGUCGUUUGACAGCAACCUCGUUCUCACCCUUGAUCCUGAUAACCCCACGUCGCCAUGGCAACACCUGGACGACAACCUCCUCACAGUUGAAACUCCUGUGAUCAAAAGUGAAAUGACCAUCACUCAGCCGUUACCGGUGGAGAUGUUGUUCCAGGUGAAGUCAGAGCCUCUCUCUCCUGCGUCAUCUCUUGGGUCUGACUGCUCGGCAUCGUCACCAGACCCGCAGAUCACAGUGAAGGGUGAAAACCCUCCGACUCCUCCCUACAUGUACGGAGACGUGCUCUCUCCUCCUCUCGGGUCCAUGGAGAUCACCGUGGCAACAUCAGCUGUACCCCCCAAGCAGACGCAGCUACAGACGCCGUUAAUAACACAGAUCCCGGCGGUGAUCAGCGGGAUUCAGACGCAGGCAGCAGUUGUUCCUGGUUCCACCAUGAAGGCCAACACCAUCCUGAGUACCAAACCCCCCAUCCAGCCCCGACCAGUGUGUGUCACCACGCUCCCCGUGCCCCCGACCCCCACACCCGCCAAGACCCUCAUACUGCAGGGCCUCCCCUCCAUUGACCAGAGCAGACCUGUCGUCCUGUCUCAGUCAGUCUGCCUCGGCUCGGCUCCAGCCAUCGUCAAAAUGGAGCCCGUCUCUCCCAGCAUCCCCCAGCACUGCUCCAGCCCCACGGCUCCGCCCACCAGCAAACCCAUUGUCCCGGCGACCACAACUUUACCCGGCAACAACUGCAACGACAUCGAUAUGAAGGUGCUGAAGCGGCAGCAGCGGAUGAUAAAGAACCGGGAGUCGGCCUGCCAGUCGAGGAAGAAGAAGAAGGAGUACUUGCAGAACCUGGAGGGCCAGCUGAGGGAGGCGCAGCAGGAGAACGAGCGUCUCCGCAGAGAGAACCAGGCGCUGAGGGAGAGGCUGGCCGGCAAGGAGGGCAGCGAGUCAGCGAGCAACAAGAGAGCCGUGUGUGUCAUGGCCGUCCUGCUCUUCAUGACCUUCAGCUUCGGACCCGUCAGCAUCACGGACAGAAAGCUGACAGGUCUGCAGGACGAUGUGGUGUCGUUUACGGGACGACGACUGCUCGAGAUCGAACAACGACAACAACGACAGCAGCAGCAGCAGCAGGAAGCAGCUGCUCCACCUCUGAGCAGAGCGGAGGACAGAACAGAGACUGAGGAGGACGGAGGAGACGAAGCUACAGAGACAUAUCAGUUCAGGAACCUGAGUGAUGUGUUCAGUGACAUGAAGGAUCUGGUUCUGCAGGACAUCGAUCGUUACUUCAGCUCGUCUGACUGCAGGCAGUUCAACCGCUCCGAGUCUCUGCGGCUGGCUGACGAGCUGAGAGGUUGGGUUCAUCGACAUCAGAUCGACAGGAAGAAGUCUGGAGGGAAACCCAAAACCGCAAAGAAGGCCAAAAUUGCUCAGAAAGCUCAGCUGAGGAAGACAAACUUCUCCAGAUAUCUGCCGAUCCAGACUCAUCGCUCCAUAGAAAGUCAGCUGCAGGUGCUUCCUGGUCCUGAGGUCACCUACAGCGACUUCCUGGACGCCAUCGACCGCCGCGAGGACACGUUCUACGUCGUCUCGUUCAGACGGGAUCACCUGCUGCUGCCCGCCAUCAGUCACAACAAAACCAGCAGACCCAAAAUGUCUCUGGUGAUGCCGGCCAUGUCUGUGAACGAGAGUCUGUAUAACUCCUCUAAGGGUUACGAGAUGAUGAUGCAGGUCGACUGUGAGGUCAUGGACACCCGCAUCGUCCCCAUCAAGGCGUCCGCCGUGCCCCCGUCUCUCCGCGACCCGCCCGCCCCUCCCCCUCCCACCACCACAACCACCAUCACCACGGCAACCACACCUCGCUGCGAGGGCGGCACCAGCAUCACCACACCCCCUCCUCCUCUGCGUCUUCAUCGCCCUCUCAGAGGCAGCCUCUACCCGCCCGACGACGGACAGCCGAGUACUUUAUCAGCCAAUCAGAAGGCGUCUGAUGAUGUCAUGACUGAAGAAGAAAAUACAGAGUUUAAUUUGACGUUUUAACACUUUAAAGUGUUUGAAUCUUCAUCUUCACUUCAACAGGUAACACACACACAACGCUUCUUUCUUGAAAAGAUUCCUGGAAAGCAAUAAUUUAAAAACCUCGCCUGAAAAAGAAUUAAAGUCAGAGGGGAGUUAGUGAACUCCUCGUCCUGAUUCAGAUAUUUUGAGGUUUAAACUCAGUCCUUAGAAGAAAAUGUCCUAAUAUAUAAGAAUAUAUUUGUGGAAGAGGAGGUCGAUGCAGACACAGCGGCACACUGCACUUAGAACCUGUGCUGCGUUUUAAUAUUGUUUUUUUAAAUAAUGUUCAGUUUGAGCGGAGACGAGGAGCUCUCAGGGACGUCUGUGAGGGAACUGAAACGUCCGUCUGUUUCUGACUCAGCUCCUGAAUAAACCGUCGCUCCUCAUCUCGCCAUGUUAGAGCUGACCUGCAGGUGGCGCUACAGCGCUGCACAGAAACCUUUUGAUACCAAUGCUUUUUAACACCUCGUGUGUGAAAUCCUAAAUAAGCAAUAAACCGCUUCAUCGAUAUCAGACGCCCAAAUCUCUCAAUGUUUCUGUGCAGCUGCUGCAGAACAAACGGCUGACGUCGGACUCCUGAAGCUCCUCGUGUCUCCGUGGACUCUGUUUUUGUAUAUUUGUGUUUUUGUGUCGAUCAGACUGUAAAGAGUUAAAAAGAUAAUAACAGGACGUCUGAAUAUUUGUUCUCAGCGCUGACGGCUGCAGCAGGAAGUCGGAUCUGAAGGUUAGCUGCUGGAGGUGUACAAAGGGUUAAAGAAACGAUCCUCCUAUAAAUAUUAAAAUCAUGUCAUCGUAUCUCCUCUUAAAGAGAGCCUGCAUGAGUCUGUGAGAGCUCAUAGUGACGUCUGAAACGUCCAGUUUGAUCUUCAUGAGAUGGAAGAUAAGAAACGUGAUCAGAUAAUUCAUGAAGAGGAGAAACAGGACGGUGUUACUCUGAUCGUUAAAGCUCUCUUCUUCUUCAAAUUAUAACCGACUGAAUCUAAACACAAACUUAAAACUUUGUAUUUCUCAUUUCCUCUGACGUUUAUCUUGAAUCAAAGUCCAUCAACGUGUUUAGAGAUCAAAGAAAAUAUGUGUCGUAUAACUUCACAGAUGACCUGAGGUUUCUCACACUUUACCAACGUGUCCCAACAGCACAUGACGCGAGCAACGCCCUGUCUCUACUUUCCUCUCUGUUGCUCUGGUAGACGGAGGGCGGUCUAUGAGGUACAGACACAGAGGAGAUAGUGAAGCAUUAAUAAUAUCCACAUCAUGAUUGAAAUGUUGACCUUUGACCUGUGUCGAAGAAAAACUUUAAACUUUACUCAGCUCACAGCUUUGAGUCAACAGCUCAUCAAUUCAAAACUACAGUUUGUCCACCUUAAAAAUAAAAGCACCACACUUCAGUUUGUCCACCUUAAAAAUAAAAGCACCACACUUCAGUUUGUCCACCUUCAA